AUGGCUCACCCUCACAUCGUCUACCAGACGAUCAACCCGGCCAAUGGGCAAUUGAUCAAGACCUUUCCGACAACCACUGACGAACAAGUGUUUGCCGCCCUCGACGAAGCCCAUGAAGUCUACCAGAAAGACUGGCGACGCCGGUCCGUGGCUGAGCGCUGCAAGAUCAUGAGCAAAGCUGCAGCCCUGAUGCGGGAGCGCCAACAGGAACUAGCAGAGCUCGCUGUCCUAGAAAUGGGGAAGACCAUCGGCGGCAUGCUAGGCGAGGUCGCGUUCUCUGCCGCUAUUCUGGAUUAUUAUGCCCAAAACGGGGAGAAAUUCUUGCAGACCGUUGACCUACCUGGUGUCCCUGGCGCUGUCAUUGCCUCAGAGCCCAUUGGGGUCAUUCUGGCUAUUGAGCCGUGGAAUUUCCCUUACUACCAGGUCGCUCGUGUAGCUGGUCCUCAGCUUGUCGCCGGCAACCCAGUCAUCCUCAAACACGCACAGAGUGUGCCACAGUGUGCGCUCGCCCUCGAGAAGCUAUUUACCGACGCCGGAGCACCAGCUGGUGUGUACACCAACCUUUUCUGCUCCAUUCCUCAAGUCAACGCCCUUAUUGCCGACUUCCGCAUCCGCGGCGUGACCCUGACCGGCAGUGAACGCGCUGGCGCAUCGGUCGCUGAGCAAGCCGGUCGCCAUCUCAAAAAGGUCGUUCUGGAGCUGGGAGGUUCAGAUCCACUGAUUGUCCUGGAGGAUGCCCCCCUUGAUGAAGCCGUCGAGGUAGCAGCUGCAGGCCGCAUGAUGUGUAUGGGUCAAGCUUGUGCCUCGAUCAAGCGAUAUAUCAUUGUGGGCAAGGAGCGGGGCCAGAAGUUCCUCGAGGGAGUCAGGGCAAAGUUUGAAGCGAUGAAACCCGGUGACCCAAUGGACCCAGCAACAACUCUUGGUCCUCUGGUCUCCGAACCCGCCGUUGAGAAUCUCGUUAGUCUCAUUGACGAGGCCAAGGCUGCGGGUGCCACAAUUGUCAUGGGUGGAAAACGUAUUAACCGUCCUGGCAAUUACCUAGAGCCUACGCUCAUCACAAACGUGUCUCGAGGCAACCCGUUGUUCAUGAAGGAGGCUUUUGGUCCUGUGGCUACCCUGUACGUCGUCGACACCGAGGAGGAAGCCAUCGAACUGGCGAAUGCCACAACAUUUGGCCUGGGUUCGUCGGUAUUUUCGGCCAACAUAGAGCACGCGAAGAAGGUUGCGGCAGAGAUCGAGGCCGGCAUGGUCUUCAUCAAUUCCGCCGUCAAUUCCGGCCCAGGCGUGCCAUUUGGUGGUGUGAAGAACUCAGGGUUUGGACGGGAGCUGAGCGAGCUCGGUAUUCAAGAAUUUUUGAACAAGAAGCUCAUCCGGGUGCAUGAGAAGUGGCUGUGA